GAGAACGAUAGAAAACAAAUGUCGCUUUAUGGUAAAAGGAUUUUAACCCCACAAGAACAUAUGGGGUUGUGGAAAAACAUAGUCUGGGCUGACGUCAUACCCCCGUACGAAAGAUUUGUCAACCGCGCAGAUGGCUAUGACGCCAAGACGCAUCGUGACGACCGGAAGAGCGUCAACAAGAUCGGUUACUCCUUUCAUGAUGAGGAGUGGAAGCGCACAGUUCCACUACUGUCGUCAUCUACAUACGGGCACCGCCUGGGCCAGCCCCUCGAGCCCUUUGCCCGUGGCCACGUGCGCGUUGAGAGGGCCGGCAAGGGGUUCUUACACACGAGGGGCACAGGGUUACCUCCCAUUGAGAACAUAUCGUUGAAAUGCAAACUUUAGAAGUGUUUUUAUUUUCUUAUUUUUAUUUUUUAUUUGCAUAAUCAUAGCUCUUACAAAAGAAUCUUGAUAUUGAACUAUGGAUGUCAACGAAAAAUGUCAAAUUGUAAUUAUUGAAUACAUUCCCCUUUAAACUAAAUAAUUAGUUUUGCAUUUAACGUUUCUUAUCAAUGCCACGUUUUAAUAGUUUAGCUACUUAAAUGAAGUAUUCGUUUCUUCAAACUGCUACGUUUCAUUUAGUCUUCGUUGUUGUGUUAUGUAGUGGCCAGCAUUUCUAUAUUUGUGUAUGAAGCCGUUGUUAAAAUACACGAAUACCUUGCACUGAACAAAUUAUUCUCAUUCCGCCACCUUUUAAAACACCGAUUAUAGCAAAAACGUUAAGACGCCAGUUAUUUGUUUUUCAAUUGUGUACAGUAAUACAUUAAACAUAAGCAAACAUAAGCAACAAAGUUACACAAAAUAAUAGUAAUUGACGACAAUCUUUGCUUUUUGUUUUAAUUUUUCGUUAAAACGAAGUUUGUAGUAUAUAUCCGGUUCGGAAAGUGUCGUCCCUGAUAAGCCUGUACGGACUGCAGCGUCAUGCGAUAAUGGGUCUUCGGCCAUAGCAGACUGCAGCGUCAUGCGAUAAUGGGUCUACGGCCAUAGCGGACUGCAGCGUCAUGUGAUAAUGAGUAUUCGGACAUACACAGCCAACGUAACUGCAGGCUAGCAUGUGAACUAGUAAUGCGGUCAGGAGCUACGCCGACUAUUAAGGAGCCCACGAAUUCCUGUGCAACUUCAAAGCGGUAGCUCGCGAUUAGCAAGCGGUAGGUUGCGCGAUUGUUCACUCUGGUCUUUAGCUAUACUCGCCGCAUAUGGCAUAAAACCUAUUUUUGCACGUCAUUUGAUAUGUUACACAAUGCAAGCAAUGAGAACACCUUAAUUGAACAGCUGGUCCAACCGUAUUUUAUCAAAGAUAAGCAGAGAUUAUCAACCAUUUUAGCCAAUCGAUUUUGUUUUCGCUCGUUUAUAUUUACGGCGUCGCACCACAUACAUAUGACAUAUUGGUUUAUUUAUUAAUGCAUUGCAUUUACAUUCGUAUAGAUAAACAUGCUUCAUCAUGAAAUCAUAAACACACGACAAAGUGC